AAUGCAGUAAGCUAGUGAGCUAGCAAGGUACGAUACGCUUCUGGCUGUCACAGCGACGAAAACUUUUGCAGACAGACCAUGAUGACCCUACCGGUCCAGUAAUAGCAGGUGUUGCCACAAUUCUCCUCCUGCCAUUGAAGAUGAACCUUGAUGAUAAACUGGAUGGGAUGCUGUUGAAGUGCAGUGGGCCGGCAGGUUUGCAUCACCACUCCAGAGCCCUGGGAAGCACAAGGAUGGAUGGCAGGGCUGGUUUGGAUGAGAUGCCCAUGGGUGAACGAGCACUGGCCAACCACCCCCUGCUGGCUGAGGAUGACGAUGAGGAUGAUGACCUAACAGGGGCGACGUUGAGCGCACACCACCUCAUCUCACAUGAUGAGCUGAUGGUCCAUGAGGAAACGGUGAAGAACGAUGGAGAAGACGACCCGGAGUUCUCCCAGCGGCAUCCUCCGAAACUGCCAUACACCCUACACAUGCCUGUUUAUAGUCUUACGUGCUCUAAUGGGAUAACCGACUCUCUUCCUGAACAGUUGAGUAUCAAGCAGGAGAUGAAGCUCUCUGACUCACUGCUGCUCACCAAGAAAGAGAAGAAACAGGGAAGGGACCUUUCGGAAUGCCAUAAGAAGAAGAAAAGGAAGCAGCGCUCUCCUGCAAAGAUUCUCACCAUUAAUGAAGAUGGAUCACUAGGGCUCCAGAGCCCAAAGUCCCAUGUGUGUGAGCACUGUAAUGCAGCCUUCAGGACCAACUAUCAUCUACAGAGACACGUCUUCAUUCACACAGGAGAGAAGCCGUUUCAGUGCAAUCAGUGUGACAUGCGCUUCAUUCAGAAGUAUCUGCUUCAAAGGCACGAGAAGAUUCAUACAGGGGAGAAGCCUUUUCGCUGUGAUGAGUGCGGGAUGAGAUUUAUCCAGAAGUAUCACAUGGAAAGACACAAGCGAACACAUAGCGGAGAAAAGCCCUAUCAAUGUGACUACUGCCAUCAGUACUUCUCCCGAACGGACCGGGUACUGAAGCACAGACGCAUGUGCCACGAGAACAAGGACCGGAAAGCACACAAGGCCGCCGCUAAAGAGGGACUGCUGCGGACUUCCGAGACGGUGAGCUUUUCCUUCCCAGCGAAAGAGUGUUCGCUGCCAAAGAAAAAACGUCAGAAGUCCUGUGAGAAGACCCAUGGCUCUGCCACAGCUCUCACAGACAAAGAUGCAAGUGGCAGCACAGAGGAGAAAGCAGAGAAGAGGUUGACCAAAAGCGAGAGCCUGCCGCUGUAUGCCGUAACUUCUAAAGUCAAAGACGAGUAUGUAGUAGCAGAAUAUUCUGUUGAGCUCCCCGACUCAUCUCCAGGCAACCGACAACUUGGGGAGGUGUCCCCCGAUGAGAUCAACCCUCCAAAACUGGUCCUGAAGAAGGUUCCCAGUAAAAGAAAUCUGAAGCAGUCUCUGGAGCAACCACAGAGUUUGUCACCAUUGUCUACCUUUGAGGACGGCAAAGUCACCAGGUACACAUUUGAGAUUGUAGACAAGCCUUUUGACAAGAGCCUUUUGGACGUCGAGAACUUGGAGUCAGUCGAUACCCUUCAGGGAGCACAGCCCAAACCAGCGACGAGUAGCACAAACUAUGACGAUGCCAUGCAGUUCCUGAAGAAGAAGCGUUACCUAGCAGCAACCAACAACAGCCGUGACUAUGCGCUCAAUGUGGGAAGCAUUGCGUCACAGCCCUCGGUCACUCAGGCAGCGGUGGCCAGUGUCAUUGACGAGACGGUUCCUGCCACCAUCCUGGAACCCCAGCCCAUGAAUGUGGAGAUCAAGUCCAACCACGAGAAGAAUGUGCUCCCUGAUGAGGUACUGCAAACCCUGCUGGACCACUACUCCACCAAAGCUAACGGGCAGCCCGACAUCUCCUUCAGCGUGGCUGACACGGAGGUCACCUCCAGCAUAUCCAUCAACUCGUCCGACGUGUCUGAGAGCAGCCCGCCAGAGCCUCUGGGGACCAGCACUCAAGCGCCACCCGCCGAGAAGUCCAGUCUCCUGCAGGAGUACUCAAAGUUCUUACAGCAGGCAUUGGAGAGGACCAGUCAGAAUGACAGCUAUCUCAACAACCAGAGUCUUACCUUUGUGACGGACAGCCCCAGCUUGGCCGGGCAGCCGUUGUUCUCAACUGACAAACAGCUGACCUCACCUGGCCGCUUCCGCUCCGGCCUCAACUCCCCUCUGAGGUCCACCCUGGAGAAGCCCCACUUCGCUCUCCUGGGAGACUCCCAGCACUCGUUCUCUUUCUCCGGGGACGAAACUAACCAGUCCGCCGUGUCCCCCACCGAGGACUUCCUCGAGCAGGUCACCUCGUCAAAAAAGACAGACGUUCAGGGGAUUGGUCAGACAUUUCAGAUUGCCACGUUUGAGCCGAACUUUCGCUCCCAGUUCCAGAGCUCUCGCUCUGGAAUCUCCUCCCAGUUUAGCAUUGCCAAUGGUCAGGUCAGCCUUAGGAGUCAUGGAGGAGCAGACUUCUCAGAGUUUCCACUGGUCAGUGUAACGGAGACCAGAACUCAGAUGACUUCCUCCCCUGAUCAUUCAAGCAGCCAAACAUUUGGGUGAUUGGAAAACAUGUGUAUAUGUGUGUGUAUACAUAUGCACAUGCAGAUAUUUUGUAAUUAUUUGCAAGGCACUUUAUAACAUUCGUUUAUUGUAUUUUGCCAAUGUAUGCUUCAUUUUAGAUGUUAUUCUUUAUCAUUGUCUCAUCAUGUAACCGAACAGGAGAAAAAAAGUCCUAUACUGGCAGAGAUGGAAGACAGCACUUACAAAUUUUGAAUUGAAUUGAAUCAGUUUUCUAGCACUUUUGAAGUAUAAUAUUAAUAUUUUAUUAUAUAACAUAGUAAAAAAGAUAAGGGGAAGCCAAAUAACUAAAGCUUUGUUAAUCCAAACAGGGAGUGCCACCACCUGCCCCGUUCAUCAGUGAUGGUUUACCUAGGAAGCAUAGGUAUCAAAUUUGGGUCUCACGGGUGACACAAGUACUGAAAAUGUGUAGUAGGAUGAGCAAACAGUGACAUACUUACUAUUGGGAAACAUGCCUUGAAAGAUAGGACCGUGGCCAAAUGCCACAAGGGUAGGCAUGGCAUUGCCACUGCCACAGUGGCCUCUGAUUUUGAUAGAAAUGUGUGAUGAAUCACAUUAAGACCUUAACACAUUCAAUACUAAUGAGACCAUGUAAUCCUGACAGAAAGGUCCCUGAUAAUUACACCUAAUUACAAUUUCAGUUGAACUGCUCAGUCAUCUAGAGCUGAAUGAGCCUCAGAUUUUAGUUUUGUAACAGGAAUGAGAUAUUUUAUGAAUGUUGGCUGUCUUUUCUCAGCUUGUGUUUGAGAACUUCUUCCUCUGUCAUUUCUUUUCAGUAUGCCAUCUUAUUGUUAUGUAUAACAUAAUGUUAAUAAUGACUAACAAUGAUCAGCAAAGUAUACUUGGUACAUUGUUUGUUGAGUCCAUAGGCCGUUGGAACAAAUGCAGUUAAUUUGAACAGACAAAACCAACUGUAGGCCUACUGACAUUCUGUAAAACAUUUUACACUAGAAUGGCACUUUGUAGAAAUGAAAUGAAAUCAAAUUUCAUCAGUGGGGAAGUGAAACUAAAUUGAUGCAGGUGCCCUGUUAGUUGGGCCGUCCAGCCCAUGCCCAUCAAGUUUCACACAAAUCAUUCUAACAAACCAACCAACAAACAAACAACAUGGGUGAAAACCUCAUUGGCGGAGGUAAAAAUGUCACUUCAGUUGAAUAUGUGACUCCUCUAAGUAGGUCACCCAACCUAAAAAAAACAUAUGGCUUUAAAUAACCAUCUUGUUGACAGCGAGUAAGAGGUGUGUCUUAAAACUGCCCAUGCCCACUGUUAGCCGCUGUUAAUUCAGCAUCUCAUCUCACUGUAAUGUGGACCGAGUUCAUGUUUUUAAGAUGGUAUCUUGAGAAUAAAAAUGCCAGCUCAAGGCACAUGGUUUGAGCAUGUAAGUUAAGCUGAUUGACAAUUUCAACUUAAUUUUCCUUCUUGUAUUGCUGUUAAUCGAGUCAUCCAUUUUACAAAUUAAAUUGACCAAUAGCCCAAAUGUAUAGUUUUUUAACAUAAAUCAAGAUAUCCCAAACUAUUUUUGCACACUGAACUUAAACUUGUCAGGCUGAGAGAUUGUUGCAUGCAAAAGUGUCUUACCUCUGCAAACAUGGGCACAUUUGUAAAUACAGACCAACUUUAUCUUUUCAAAAAAAACAGUGAUGGCUACAAUUGGGGGGAAACAACAGGUACUUUACCUCAAGGAAUCUGGGGAAUGUUGGCAGUUGAAUGCAGUUUGUGGAUAGAAUCCAAAUGUUAUGAACUUUGCACACUUUCCACAAUAGGGAAUGUCCUUUGAAGGUGUUGUCAUUUAACAACCUUAAUGUCUACAUUACCUCCCUGACGUUUUAUAAACUUGGAGCUUGAGAUGUGAUAUGUAAUUGAGUUAUCAGGUUUUGGUUUGCCUGGAACUCAGUCAUUGUGACUUUAAAAAUAGCAUUUAUCAUUAAUUUUGAUAAUCUAACAUCAUCAUCAUGUAUCAUUAAUUAGUUGAGAGAGAGAGAGAUGCCUUUGAAGUAAUCACUAGUCUAUACCAGUUUGUGUACGGUCCUGUUUUCUGAAUUUCUUCUCCCUUUGGAUGGUUAAAACUAGUCCACUUUUUGCACUCUGUACUUGUGGUUGUAAAGCUAAAGCUUUUUUUUCCCUCCCAAGUUUCAAUGUCCUUGGGGCUUGCAUAGCUUACUAGUUACAUUUUUUUUAUUUGUUUGUUUUAAAGCACUUUUUCCUUAUAAUGCCAUGUCUUGCGCUCAUUUCAUCUGAUGCACUUUCUUGAGGUCAUAAUUCUCUCCCAGUUUCCUGAAUAUGGGUUGAGGUUGUUGUAAAUCACCUUGUGUCACAGCAGUGCAUAUAGUGGCCUUCUAGUAGGUAAAGAACUUGCUUGAAUAGUUUAAAGUGACAAAUAGAAAACAACAAAAAAUCAUGUAUAAUGUUUUUUUCUCUCUUUUUUAAAAAAAAAUAAUGUAUAUUCUACAUUAAUAUUACACUAAACAUGUUCCACACAGUAAUGUUAGAACAGGCUUAUAAUUGUUGUUUGAUUUUGACCAGUGCAUGAACUUUUCCCUUUCUGGUACUGUUGUGCUCUUCUGAUAACUUGUUCUUUGAGAAUGAUAUUAUGUAUUGUGCACAUAGCUACUCCAAUCAUUGUAUUUGCUUCAUGUGAGCUGAUCAUUUGAACAUUUUGAUUACAUUUUCUUUUCUUUUAAAAGUUUGACAGUUACAUGCAAAGAUCAAUUCCAUGUCACCUCCAAAACACUGACAUGCUGCUUAUGCAUGUAUAAACUGUAAUAUGUGAGCAGAUAGUCUGACCAUUUAUUAACAUAAGGUUACAUCACACUGGUAAAAUAAUCUGGUAUAAUAGUAUGGUGUGCCUUACAGAUAACACUGCAACACUUCACAGUUAUGGACGUGGCAGAAUGGGUCAUUUGCAUGAAAUUGGCAGUGUGCUCUCUGGUUUAUCUAAUGCUGUGAGGUUCAGUUUUCUGGUUUAAGCCAAACAUACUGGUGAAAUUCCUUGAUUUUUCAAUAGCCAAUCUCUGUUGACAAUCAGGGAAAAAGACCUCCACUUUGAACUGCAGUUACUCUUCACACUUUGUGUUAGCAUUCCUUAGUUUGAUGGUGUUGAUUGAAAGCUUGCCUCUGCUGGAAAUACAUUGUAUAUUUUAACUGUAUAGCCUUGUUUAGAGAACAGUAUUUUUGGGAAAGUGCAGAAUCAUUUUGGAUCUUCAGUGUAUUUUUUUAUCGUGUAACCUCUUAGAUUGUGUUCUCUAAAUAUGGUUUAUGGGAUCAGGGGAUAUUUAGAUAUCGGUCUGCUAUAGAUCACAUUGCAACUUUGUUAUAUUUGUGGCUUACUGGUCCAGAGCUGUGGGUAAAUCAUCCAGGGAUCUUUCAGGAGGGACUUGUCUUCUCGACUUGAUAAUUGGAAAUGCAUUACUUAAUAAGCUGGAUAAUUCUUAUAUAACAUGGUGGGAUGUGCUGAUAUAUCUACUGAUGCAUCCCAGUUAUGAAGCUAUUUGUUCUGGCAUAACAUUUUUUGCUCCUCUUUAUGUCAACAUGUGGCACAACUCUUUCAAACAUCUCUCAGCAAUAAAUCAUUUUGAAUUCUUUUCACAUAGACUUAGUACAAAGUGUAACUUUGGGAUAGAGCACCUGUUGUAUGUUAAGUGAUUGAACCUUAAAUAGUGAUUUCUGUUGGAGUGUCUAGGGGUAAAAUGGCUUUGAUUUAAUCAUGGCAAAAUUUGCUCUUAGCUACGGAGUCCUGUCAUUGGUUGAUCGAUGAUUCUGGUUGCCAUUGAUAGUCUUAAUAUUACACCAGUUUGUUUAUGGAUUGCAGCAGAGGGGUUGUUUUUAAAAGAAUUUUUUUUUUUAACAGAACUGUUAAAAGAGGACAUACUAUGAUGAUAAUCAAGUGCUUCAGUGUUUAAGUAAAUGAUUAGACAUUGUAUUGCAUUAAACAAUGUCAUAUCACAAUUUCUGCUCCACAAACUACUUGGUUUUGCCAAGUUCUGACCAUAAGUGCCCUUCAAAUGAGCGAGGAGGAAAGAAUUACUUCUGGUCAUAACAGAGUGAACAAGAAUCUAAUUUGACAUUUUUCCUCUUUUCAACCUAUAGCCUAACUGUGUGAGACUUUGACACAUUUUACUGCUGCUUGUAAAAGUCAUUGUGCAUUUCAAAUUCAACAGUUCUGUGAAUGAACAUUCACAUACUUUGAACAGAAUAACCAUCAAGAAAACAAAAUAAAUUAGCGUCAUUUAUAUGUUGAUGAGAGAUUUUUACAUGUGGUUUUGAAAAGUUUCAUUUAAAUUGGAAGGUUUCUUAAUCCUUUUCAUGCUUACAUUCUGAUAUAUUCCAUUCCUGGGGAGUCGCAUGUCCCCUGAUUUGUCAGUUUUUGUACACUGGUUAUAUUUUUAUAUGUAUUGUAUGCAUUAUGUCGUAGCUGAAUUGUUUUCAUUUAGAAUACCAUACAUUUAUGCAAUAUUAUGUAUACUGUAUGACAAGUGAAAUUUGAUUUCAACUGAAUAUUGUUGGGUUUUGAUUGUCUUUCUUGUGUGUUACAUUGUCUUUCCAAAUAUAAACAAAAUGAUUGUG